AUGAGUGCCGAUAAUCAGAAUUUUUUCCAUCUAUGUCGGUUUGGGAAGGACGGGGCAUUACAAGAUGUUGUGUGGGUAGAUGCGAGGAGUAGAGUUGCGUAUGAGGAGUUUGGAGAUGUUGUGUGUUUUGACAGUACGUAUUUGACAAACAAAUUUUACCUUCCCUUUGUUUUGUUUAUCGGCGUGAACCAUCAUGGGCAGAGUAUUUUGUUUGGGUGUGCAUUGAUCUCUCGGGAGACGGCGGAGACCUAUGAGUGGGUGUUGAGGACUUGGCUACAUUGCAUGGGGGGUAAAGCUCCUAUCUCAAUCUUAACGGAUCAAGAUCCGGCGAUUAGAAAAGCUGUAAACUUGAUUAUGCCUGAGAGUUGCCAUAGGUGGUGCAUAUGGCACAUACUUCAGAAGUUUGGGAGGUAUGUAGGUAAGCAUGAGGACUAUGAAGCUGUAAAGGAUGAGUUUGAAAAUAUCAUUUAUGGUAGUUUAGAUGCUGAUGAAUUUGUAGAUCGUUGGGUGGACGCAGUUGAUUAUUACAAACUAGGAGAUAAUAGUUGGCUUGAAGGAGUCCAGGUGUAUGAGUUAAGGGUCGAGUCAGAAAGAACUGCGAACUCCAACACACUACGGUACAUCAGGCAUGUAGCUACCGAUUUCCCAGCGGAGGAAGUGUUCCAGAAGUGUUACACGGACGCCAAAUUCAAAGAAGUUCAGCGGGAGUGCAAGAGGAUGUUGUACGCACGUCGCCUAGAUGACUAUGAAGUUGGUGAGAAUAAAGUUGAGUUUAUUAUUGAGGACCGAGUGAGGAUCAAGCCAAAAUAUGCAAAGAAAGAAUCUAUGACUAAGAUUCGGAGAUGCUACAAGGUGUGCUAUGACAGUGAUACAUGUGAAGCUAGUUGUGAAUGUAAACACUUUGAGUUCCAUGGAAUCAUUUGUCGACAUAUGAUCUUUGUGUAUGACCAUUGCGGUGUUUCCAUUGUUCUUGAGAAGUAUAUUCUACGUCGUUGGAGGAAGGAUAUUCAAGGAAACACACACGAGUGA